ACACUUAAAUUAGCCUCAGCAGUAGAAGUAAGUGCUGCAUUCUUUUCUUGUUCAUCAGUCAGUCUUGGAGUUUAGCAAGAAGCUAAGCUGAGCUGCAAGAAGAAGAAGUUUGUGUGCCAACAAUGGCGGACGAGGAGGUUGUUGUUUUGGGGUUCUGGACAAGCACGUAUGGGACGAGGGCAACGAUAGCUCUGGACGAGAAGGGUGUCAAGUAUGAGUACAGAGAGGAGGACUUGAGUAACAAGAGCUCACUGCUUCUGCAGAUGAACCCGGUUCACAAGAAGAUUCCGGUUCUCAUCCACAACGGUAAACCGGUCUGUGAGUCACUCAUAAUUGUGCAGUAUGUUGAUGAGGUUUGGAGGGAUAAAGCUCCUCUGCUUCCCUCUGAUCCUUACCAGAGAGCUCGUGCCAGAUUCUGGGCUGAUUUCAUUGAUAAGAAGGUAUUUGAUGCUGGGAAGAAACUAUGGAGCACAAAAGGAGAAGAACAUGAAGCAGCCAAGAAGGAAUUCAUCGAAAUCCUUACGCAGUUGGAAGGAGAGCUUGGAGACAAGCCUUAUUUUGGGGGUGAGAGGUUUGGGUUCCUAGACGUUGCUCUCAUCACAUUCUACAGCUGGUUUUAUGCAUUUGAGACCUUUGGAAACUUCAGCACAGAGGCAGAGUGCCCCAAGCUGAUUGAAUGGGCCAAAAGAUGCACGCACCGGGAGAGCGUAUCGAAAUCUCUGGCCGACCCUAAGAAGGUGUAUGAGUUUCUUCUUGGUCGGAUAGCAGGAUAGAAUAGGCUGCUAGCCAGCAUAUUAUCACCAUAGCAGGUCCUGCAAUCAAAUGUUAGGCUGUGUUUCUUCUGUUUUUUCUUUUUCCUUUCAGCUUUGUUUUUCCAGUGAGAGAUCCUUUGGUUUUGUGUGUCUAAAUUAUGUUUUUUUA